AUGGACGGAUUUUCUACCAACGGGCUGCAGCCCGUUUACGAUCCCAUAAAAAACGGCCACGGGUACAGAGUCGGAACCCGGAUCGCACGUGUCCAGGUUGCAAUCGCCCUUUUUCUAGGUCUUGCUGCCUUCUCUGUCUUCUGUGUUCUUCGGAAAAAGUAUCCCAGGAUCUAUUCCGCCAAUACCACGCAUGCCAACCUGAAAUACGUACACAGCUUUCUGCGCCAAAAGCUUCCGCCCCUCCCGAACUCGUUGUUGGGCUGGAUUCCUGUCGUUUUCCGAAUAAACGAAGCCCAGGUGUUGGAACUUGCUGGGCUAGACGCUGUGGUUGUGCUUGGGUUUUUCAAAAUGUCCAUUCGGGCCUUGGCCGUGUGUGUUCUCUUUGCGCUUACGGUGAUUUCUCCCGUUCGUUACAAGUUCACGGGCCGGGUGGAUUUCCCAGACGAGGCAGAAGUUGCACAAUACGGUCUGCUGAGCAAGGACCAUCGCAAGUUCGAGCCCUUUCUCUGGAUGUACACGGUCUUCACAUAUGUGUUCACGUUUGUUGUGCUCUAUUUUCUUUUCCGCCAGCUGGCAAAGAUUAUUGAUAUGCGCCAGCGGUACUUGGGCCAACAGAACUCCAUCACAGACAGAACGAUAAAGCUUCUGGGUAUCCCGCCAUAUCUUCGCGAAGAAGAAGCCUUGAAAAGGCACAUCAACUCACUUGGCGUGGGCCAGGUGGAUAGUGUGAUUGUGGUGAAGGAAUGGAAUAUGCUUAAUCGCCUUUUCCGCAUGCGGCGGCGGGUUCUUCGGGAAUUGGAGAAGCUGUGGAUGAAGUAUUUUGCCCGUCUUGGCAUGGAUAACGUUGUGGAUAUGAGCACGUCCCGGCUCCGAUCGUCGGUCGGUGAUUCUUUUCACAUGGGAGAGCGAGCUGGAAGAGAGCAAGAAGGAGGCGACGACGAAAUAGAAAGACAGGAUAGGUCAGAAAACGUGUUCAGAGAGAGCGACGCUCAAAAUUUCUUUGCAAGCCCUUUGGAUGCUUAUUCUGACGAGCCAAAUUGGGGUGACCAGGUUAGUCCUCCACGAUCGACUUCAGCCUCUAUCAUUGACGAGAUAUCCGAGCGCUUUGAGCCAUACCGAGAGUCAUCGAGCCUGCCUCCACUUAUGGACGAUGUGAGCUUACGGCCGCAAAUACGAAAGGGCUGGUUUGGCUUCUGCGGACCGCAAGUUGAUGCCAUCAACUUCUACAAUGAAAAACUCGAGACUAUAGAUGCAGAAAUUCGAAAACAAAGGCUUCGAGAGUUUCCACCCAGCUCUACAGCGUUUAUUACCAUGCAUUCCGUUGCUCAAGCGCAGAUGUUAGCGCAAGCUGUCCUUGAUCCGAAGGUAAACCAUCUAAUCACAAGCUUGGCACCUGCGCCACAUGAUAUCAUAUGGAAAAACUUGUGUUUGACGAGGAAAGAAAGAAACCUGCGCAUUUUCAUGGUCAUGGUGUUCAUCGGACUUGUUUCGGUGUUGUUGGUUUUUCCUGUCAUUUUCUUGACAAAUUUCCUCAACAUCAAAACCAUAUCCAAAGUAUCCCCACGGCUCGGAGCGUUUUUGAAAGACCACAAAUGGGCCGAAAACUUAAUUACAGGCAUCUUACCCCCAUACGUGUUUACCAUUUUUAAUAUUGUGAUGCCAUACUUUUACAUAUGGAUCACUAAACGACAGGGCUACACGUCACAUGGAGACGAGGAAUUGUCAUCAGUGUCAAAGAAUUUUUUCUACAUUUUCGUCAACUUGUUUUUGGUGUUUACGCUUUUCGGAACAGCUUCCCUCAGUGAUACGACCCAAUUGGCAUAUCAAUUGGCCAAAUCGCUCAAGGAACUCAGUUUGUUCUACGUCGACUUGAUCAUCCUUCAAGGCAUAGGCAUUUUUCCAUACAAACUCUUGCUCCUUGGAAAUCUCUUAAAGUAUUCUAUUGGCAAUUGGUUCUGGUGUAAAACACCAAGAGAUUAUCUUGGUCUCUACAAGCCGCCUGUCUUCAACUUUGGUCUCCAGCUUCCACAGCCCAUUCUCAUUUUGAUCAUCACCAUAACAUACUCGGUCAUCUCCACAAAAAUUCUCACCGCCGGUCUUCUUUACUUUCUCAUAGGUUAUUUUGUGUUCAAGUACCAGCUUCUCUAUGCGUGUGUACACCCUCCCCAUAACACAGGUAAAGUUUGGCCAUUGGUGGUGCGUAGAGUUACGCUUGGACUAGUGAUUUUCCACAUCACCAUGUUUGGAACUUUGGCUUCAGAAAAGGCAUACGCUUGUGCGCUGGCCGUGAUACCGCUUCCUCUUCUAACCGUGUUCGUGCUCUGGUACUUCCAUGAACACUACAUUCCACUUUCCACUUUCAUUGCCUUGCGUUCCAUCGACAAUAACGAACUUCCUUUCACCACAGACGACGAGGAAGGUUUGCUUCCAAUGUCUACAGCAACUCGCCAGCAAACGCUAGAUGAGCGCCGUGAAAACAAUCAAACGUACGAGUAUCCUAACUUGGUCAAAGAUUUGGAUGGACCCAUGUUGGCUAUUGAUCACGACGAGGUUUUGCUCAUGGGGCCUGAUGGAACCACUGUUCGAAAGCAAGUUCCGAUGUUUGAGUAA